CCCCCAGGAGCACCGGCUGGAUGGUGUUGAGGCACUGGAGAAAUCAAAGAACAUGAUUCUCACAGUGCUUCUGGGCUUCUCCAGGUGAGAAAGAGCUCAGUGGAGAAGGAGAUGACGGCGUCGUCUACCCUGAUGCUGGGCUGGUAGGAGAACUGCAGCGGGUCCAUCAUGGUCUCACCAGGGGGCGGAGAUGGACGAGCACCAGGCGCUCCAACGUCUUCAUCAGAUCCUCCAUCACAGCAGUGAUCAAAUGACCGGGUCUGCUCUCCAGCCUGGUUCAGGUCCAGUUCCAUAGUGGGACAGACGGUCACAGCAGGACAGUGGAGGAACAUUCCCACCCUGAGUGUCUGCUCAUCAAAGUUCAGGGUGAGAAGUGAGAAACAAACGGAAGAGACAAAUCUUCAUUCCUUUGUUUUCCUACAGAUUUGAUGUGUUUGAAGGAUUCAAGAUUUUUGGGCAAGAGAAUAAAAAAUAUAAAAGAUGAGAAAAAAGAAAAUGAGCAGCAGAGACUUGUUACUAUAACUUCUAUAACCCCAAUAACUAUAACUUUUAUAACUUCUAUAACCCCAAUAACAAUUACUUCUAUAACCCUAUAACUUCUAUAACCCCAAUAACAAUAACUUAUAUAACCCUACAACUUCUAUAACCCCCAUAACAAUAACUUCUAUAACCCUAUAACUUCUAUAACCCCAAUAACUAUAACUUCUAUAACCCCAAUAACAAUAACUUCUAUAACCCUACAACUUCUAUAACCCCCAUAAAUUCUAUUACCCCAAUAACUAUAACUUCUAUAACCCCAAUUACAAUAACUUCUAUAACCCUACAACUUCUAUAACCCCCAUAAAUUCUAUAACCCCAAUAACUCUAUAACUUCUAUAACCCCAAUAAUAAUAACUUCUAUAAACCUAUAACUUCUAUAACCCCAACAACUUUAUAUCCCCAAUAACUCUAUAACUUCUAUAACUCCAAUAACUAUAACUUCUAUAACCCCGAUAACUAUAACUUCUAUAACUUCUAUAACCCCAAUAAUAAUAACUUCUAUAAACCUUUAACUUCUAUAACCCCCAUAACUUCUAUAGCCCCAAUAACUCUAUAACUUCUAUAACUCCAAUAACUAUUACUUCUAUAACCCUAUAACUUCUAUAACCCCCAUAACUUCUAUAACCCCAAUAACUCUAUAACUUCUAUAACUCCAAUAAUAAUAACUUCUAUAACCCUAUAACUUCUAUAACCCCAAUAACUCUAUAACUUCUAUAACUCCAAUAACUCUAUAAAUUCUAUAACCCCAAUAACUCUAUAACUUCUAUAACUCCAAUAACUCUAUAACUUCUAUAACUCCAAUAACUCUAUAACUUCUAUAACCCCAACAACUUUAUAUCCCCAAUAACUCUAUAACUUCUAUAACUCCAAUAACUAUAACUUCUAUAACCCCAAUAACUAUAACUUCUAUAACCCAAAUAAUAAUAACUUCUAUAUCCCUAUAACUUCUAUAACCCCCAUAACUUCUAUAACCCCAAUAACUCUAUGACUUCUAUAACUCCAAUAAUAAUAACUUCUAUAACCCUAUAACUUCUAUAACCCCAUAACUUCUAUAACCCCAAUAACUCUAUAACUUCUAUAACUCCAAUAACUCUAUAACUUCUAUAACUUCUAUAACUCCAAUAACUCUAUAACUUCUAUAUCCCCAAUAAAUAUAUAACUUCUAUAACCCCAAUAACUCUAUAACUUCUAUAACUCCAAUAACUCUAUAACUUCUAUAACCCCAACAACUUUAUAUCCCCAAUAACUCUAUAACUUCUAUAACUCCAAUAACUAUAACUUCUAUAACCCCAAUAACUAUAACUUCUAUAACCCAAAUAAUAAUAACUUCUAUAACCCUAUAACUUCUAUAACCCCCAUAACUUCUAUAACCCCAAUAACUCUAUGACUUCUAUAACUCCAAUAAUAAUAACUUCUAUAACCCUAUAACUUCUAUAACCCCCAUAACUUCUAUAACCCCAAUAACUCUAUAACUUCUAUAACUCCAAUAACUCUAUAACUUCUAUAACUUCUAUAACUCCAAUAACUCUAUAACUUCUAUAUCCCCAAUAAAUAUAUAACUUCUAUAACCCCAAUAACUCUAUAACUUCUAUAACCCAAUAACUCUAUAACCUAUAUAACCCCAAUAACCUCUAUAACUCUAGAACCUCUGUAACGUCUGUAUCUGUGCGUGUGAACGCGUCCUGCUCACUCUCUGAUCUGCUGCUUUGCAUCUCGACUCUGUUUAUUUGACUGAAUCAUUUUCAGUUUAAUUUCUCAAAUGACCCUGCUGAUUGUCAUUUUACACAAAUGUACGUUAAUGAAUGUUGGUCUCUACGUCGUCACGGUGACGAGGAGGAGGAGGGACGGACAGACUUAUAUGAGAGCGACAGUCCAGCAGACGGCGGGACAGCGACUUACUGAGCUUUGAGUCAUGAAGAGAAGAGGACUGAUCCUCCUGCUGCUCUCAGGUUGGAUGUUGAGGUGUCGUCUUCAGACCGACGGUGUCAUCAGGCGUUUUCACGCCGUCAACGAAAAGAUGAGCUGGACCGAGGCUCAGGGUCACUGCAGAGACCAGUUCACUGACCUCGCCACCAUCCAGGACCCAAGCAGCAACGCUGAGGCCCGGCAGGUGGCGCAGAGCGGGAAGUCCUGGAUCGGACUCUACAUCACCAACUGGAAGUGGUCUCAGCAGGACCAGGACCUAGACCGCCAUACCUGGUUCACCAGCUGGGCCGGGGGCGAGCCCAGACAGGGGAGCUGUGUGAGCACGUCUGCACAGGGAGACUGGUCCGUCAGACAGUGUGAAGAUCAGAACCUCGUCAGCUGCUACAGGGCUGACGUAGACGAUCACAUCCUGGAGAAGGAGGAGAUGAACUGGGCUGACGCUCGGACCUACUGCCGCUCUACGUACACGGACCUGAGCAGCAUCAGGAGUGAGGAGGACAACGACGCCAUCUCCUGGCAGCUGCAGAACAUCACUGGGGAGUACACCGACCCAACGGCCUGGAUCGGUUUGUACAGACAUUCCUGGCUGUGGUCGGACCGGAGCGGUGCCCCCUACAGGCAAUGGGCCAGUAAGCAGCCUGAUGUGAAAGAUAACAAGUGUGUGACGAUGGACGCAUCGUCAGCUGACUGGCACAGUAACGACUGCAAAGACAAUCACAACUUCCUGUGUUACACGGAUGUCAAACCUACAGUCCUGAGGAUGUUGAAGGUCCGUCUGACUGCGGGAUCUGCAGACUUGGAUGACCCGAAGCUGCAAGAGUCCGUCCUGCAGCAGCUGCAGCAGAAGCUGCAGGAGCAGCGGAUCAGUGCGGAGGUGAAGCUCAGGUGGGGGAGGCGGCCUGACGGCGAGGGGGAGGAGCCUCCUGCGGACUCUGAGGAGAAAGAAUUCUAUUUCUAGAUGAUGAUGAGUUUAUUGAUUCCUGUUUGGUUCUGAUCGAUCUACAGUGUGAUUGAACUGUUUCUCUCUCAUCUGCGUUUGUUCAGUAAAGACAAUUCUCCUGAAA